AUGGCAGGUCUGAAAGACGAUGAAUACAGAAGAAAAUUCCGCCAACGUGUGUCUAUUCAUGUUGGAGUACGGACCAGGAAGAAGCUUAGCGAUGCGGAUUCCUUCACAAAGUGCAUCCAGGUCGCUGCAAUGGAAACGCUCCCGGUUCUAUUGCCGCGGAAGAAGUUUGCCUUUGCAUCUGCGGAAACAAAAUCCACAUACAAUUUUGUAUGUGUCGCGCGCAGCGCUGGUGACUUCAACCAGGAAAAGCGUCUUAGAAUAAAGCUGCGUCGUCAAUUGCAACAAGACCGCGAUAACGAGUGGACGGCAAGAGCGAUGGAGUUUGAGAAGGUGUGGGAGGACAGGAACCCGCGGAAAGCCUACGCUCUACUAAAACAGUAUAGCGGCAAAAUAAAAAGAUGUUCUGUCCUCAACACUGCUAAUGGAGUAACUGUCGGUGAAGCAACCCUUCCAAUUUGGAAGGAACACUUCAAGACCUUGCUGAACCAGCUAGCACCGUCAGCUCCUGAACUCGAACACGUUCAUAGACCGACAUAUGCGGUUAACGAGGAGCCACCGACCGAGUCGGAGGUCCUGGUCUGUAUUCAGAAAAUGAAGAAUGGAAAAUCUGGUGGAGACGACGGGAUUAGCGCAGAAAUGCUAAAAUAUCUUCCUCCGUCUGGGAUUCAUGAGAUGAAAAAGAUCAUCCGUUCAAUAUGGAUAGACGAAAGGAUACCUGAUUCGUGGAGACACGCUAUUAAAGAUCGCGAAGAAACAACGCGUGACGAGCAAGCUGACUUUCGUCUUGGCCGAUCUACGACUGACCAGAUGCUCAUCGUCAGGAGAGUGAUCGAAAUCUGGCAGCGGUAUUCGAAGGCAAUGCAACUAGUGUUUCUGGACUUUGAAGCCGCGUUCGACUCUGCUCACCGAGGCCGUCUUCUCAACGCGCUUCGCGCCGAUGAAGUACCAGGAAAGUUCGUUCGCUUGCUUGAUGACAUGAAUCAACGAACAACUGCUGCAAUUCGAACACCAGCCGGAUGUACAACACCGUUUGAAGUGGUAACUGGAGCAAGACAAGGAGCAGUGGUAGGACCUUUCCGCCUUUCGCCAUCGACGAGAUUAUGCGAAGAACAGUCGACCAGUGUCCUGCCGACAUUGUCUUAG